AAUAAUAAUAAUAAUAAUAAUACAUUUAGCUACCAUGGCUGUCUGGUGUUUUUGUUUAAAUCCCAGUCUGCAUUCUGCACAUUAUACAUGGGAAAUGUGUUACUCGAGCUUCUAAAUGAAACAUACCAUCAGGUGGCGCAAAGGGAGAUGUGACGAAUUUCUAAUAUUAAAGUCAUUAAUGUAUUUACAUGACGAAAGGGGAAGAGCAGCGUCAUGCUGGGAAAGGAGAUCACUUUCAACAAUAGCGUCUUUCGGGUGAAUUUAAGCCGAAAACGGCGAGAAUUAUCCGAUGUCAAGAUCCAAAAGCGCAGCCUGAGGAAGAAAAUAAUUGAUUAAUACAGCAGACAGGUAGCGAUUUUGCGCUGAGUGCGUCCUUUAUAGGCUGGAGUCACUGAUUUGGCGUUCUGGCGAGCGAAUUUUCCAUUGCUCCACUUUCUGAAUUAUUUGAAGAUGGAGAUUGGGGAAAGGAAGAGGAGAAGAAAGUCACAGAGCUUCAAACUGGUCACGGAUGAAGUUUGGAUGGGGGACGAAAGCAUGGAAAUCAAGAAACAAAUCACUGGAAUGAUGAGGCUCUUGAGUGAUAAAACUGGCAGGGUGUAUCAGCGUUUGGGGGCAGAGCAGAACAGCUCCACAAAGGGGCACCCAGAUGGGCAACUGAACUGUGUGCACACACCUCCAAUUUUAUCUUUUGUGUCAGAAGACCACCAAAGCUGGAGCUCUGCAGGAGACCCAGAGCCUCCACCUUCAUCUGCAUCAACAUCAAUCCCAAAUGGUCCAGCCUGCGGCCAGUACAGUACCCGCUCCAGAGCACUCAGGAUUGUCAACACCACAAAGGAUUUUAUAAAAUCCAGUGAAGCAAAAGCAGAUCGGCUUCACCCUGCUGUACCAGAAACCCCUUGCUGCAUGUGUAACUGUAAGGACACCUUGCAGGCGAUACUGCAUGAGCUGCGUGCAAUGAGGAGGCUAAUGCAGACUCAGAAAGGAACAUUUGAAAGACGGGAACAUGCUAAAUCAUCAUGCCAGCCUCACACAAGCUUGAGUUCUGCUCCAUGCCGCAUAUCCCAAAAGAGGAGACCUGUUUAUAAGGUGGCUCCAUGGAGUGUUUGUGGCACUAGAAGAACUGCUGUUUCCUCUCUGGGGGCUUCAGCCCUGAAAGCUGAACCCACAAAAGCUCAGAAAAAAGAGGAAUAUGAGAAACUAGACUCAUCUAAUAUUUCCUGUAACGUUUCCGAGCAACCGCCUCAGAAUGAUCAAGUAGCAGACUCUGGCAAGCACAGUCCGCUUCUGAAUCAACUGAGAGAACAUCGGGUAUUAGAGUCUGAGGUUCGUCUUGCGGAUGAUUAUGAUGUGUUCAUCUCAAAGGCUCAGCUAGACUCAAUUUUGGUCAACUAUACACGUUCUGGCAGCCUGCUGUUUCGGAAACUGGUGUGUGCCUUCUUUGAUGACGCUACAUUGGCUAAAUCGUUACCAAAUGGAAAAAGGAAACGAGGACUCAACGACAACCGUAAGGGUUUGGACCAGAACAUUGUGGGUGCUAUUAAAGUAUUCACAGAGAAAUACUGCACUGAACACAGAAUAGAGAAGUUACCUGGACCACGAGACUGGGUGCAGAUCCUUCAAGAUCAGAUCAAACUUGCCAGAAGAAGGCUGAAACGAGAUGCUGUAGAUGUUGAGGAAAAGUUAAAUGGACCAUCCACAAGUACUAAGCUCACAUGAAUCUGCUCACUUGACUGCAUGGCUUUCACACAUACAAUUACAGCAGGCUUGGAUUAACAAGUUUGAAAGUGAUGAACAGAAAUUGUUGAACAUGACUGAUUUCAGCAGCUGCCACAAAUGCCUUGCAGCAGAUUAGUUACCUUUAUUAUUUCUCUGACUUUAUGCAUUUUCCACUUUCCUUAUUUCCUUUGCAUCUGUGAUUGGCAAUGAGAACUGCACACUAAAAGGAAACAGAAAGACCAAAUUAUUUAUCUGCUCCUGUCAUUAAAUUAGACAAUGUACUGUAUAUAUGUGUUCACUGAAGUUUAUAUCUGGGCACAGACUAAACCGAGAUAGUGUGUCAUAAGACAGAGGAGAUAAAGGAUUUAAAAAACAACCCACAGUUAAUACCAUGAAAUUGAGAGCAUUCUCAUCUGUCUUCAUGAAAGCACGGCAAGGGGUAAGACCUGAACAAAAGAAAGUACGUUUAAAAUGGGAUUCAUUCAUUGUACAGAGACUAUAUCUUUCAAGACCCCUUUUGUGGAUUGUGCCUAUUAAGUGACCAAUACUUCAGUGGGUGUAAUGUGCAGUGCAUCAUCCACCUUGUUUCAAAAACAUUGUAAUUAAAAGUGAUGUAUUUUUGGUACAUUUUUGUAAUUUAAAAUAGACCGAUGGGGCCAUUUAUGGUUCUCGUCAUCACUGAAAACCGUAAACCUUAAGUACUGCAUAUUAAAGCUGCUCUUUUCAAUAUUGUGAUGAGCUUAGAUAUUUUUUAUUUAAAUACAUUUUACUGUAAAUCUGAAGGUGAUCGCUGUAUCCACAAUAAAUACAUUUUCUCAAAUUCU